AUGGUUCAGGCCGAACGCUGCAGACCGGCGCGCGCCUCCCGGCUCGGCUGCCCGCCUCCACCCGCUCGGCAUGAACCCGCUGCGGCGCACGGCGGCCCCGCCCCGCCGCCUCUCGGCCAAUGGCCACGACCACCCCCGCCCGGGCGCCCGGGGCCACAGCUGACAGCCCGGAGGGCCCGCCCCGCCACUCCCGAGAGCCACUGCGCACGCCCGGCCCCGCGAGGCCCCGCCCAGCCCAGCGCGAGGCCUCUCGGGACUUGUAGUCCACCUCCCCAGACCGCCUCUCCCGCCGCGCCACGUGCAGCUCUAGCUGGUUGCGCCGAGACUCGCGCUCCGGGCGCAGGGGACGCACUGCCUUACCCGCGGAGCAGGCAUGCUCUGGUGCCUCCCGCUCCACCUGUCUCGGGAGGUGCUGCCAGGCUGCAAUUUGAAGCCAAGAGAGGACUCUGGACUCUAAAGUCGACCCGGCUUGGGCCAGAGCCCCAAGAGGCCACUUUAGUUUCUUCAGACUCUGCCUCACCUGUGGAAACAAAAAACCGCCUGGCACCACCGAACUUGGCGGUGGCCAUGUAUCUUCUGAGGCCUUUGAGAAUUGACCGAGAGUACCUGCCUUCCAGGGUGGGAACUUUCUAG